AUGGGCCUGAUCUGGCUUCUGCUGCUCACCCUCUUGGAGCCGGGCUGGUUGGCGGGCACCGGGGCGCGGCUGCGGCGCGAUGCGGGCGGCCGCGGCGGCGUCUACGAGCACCUUGGCGGGGCACCCCGGCGCCGCAAGCUCUACUGCGCCACGAAGUACCACCUCCAGCUGCACCCGAGCGGCCGCGUCAACGGCAGCCUGGAGAACAGCGCUUACAGCAUCCUGGAGAUCACGGCUGUGGAGGUCGGCGUUGUGGCCAUCAAGGGACUCUUCUCGGGACGCUACCUGGCCAUGAACAGGAGGGGACGGCUCUACGCUUCGGAGAGCUACAACGCCGAGUGUGAGUUUGUGGAGCGGAUCCACGAGCUGGGCUACAACACCUACGCCUCCCGGCGGUACCGCUCGGGCCCCGGCGGGCCUGCGCCCCGGCGCCGGCCCAGCGCCGGGAGGCUGUGGUACGUGUCCGUCAACGGCAAGGGCCGGCCCCGCCGGGGCUUCAAGACGCGCCGCACGCAGAAGUCGUCGCUGUUCCUGCCCCGCGUGCUGGACCACAAGGACCACGAGAUGGUGCGGCUGCUGCAGAGCGAGGCCGGGCUCCCCGGCGGCCCGCCCGAGCCGCCCGGCACCGGCAUCCAACCCUGGCGGCGGCGGCAGCGGCAGAGGAUCCAGGCAGGCGCUUAG